AUGAGCGCUAGUGACGACCAAAUUAAAGAAGCAUUUGAAGUCUUUUUAGGAAGUUUCCCAACUGGAACAGUAGUAGCUACCUCACAAAUUGGACCAUUGAUGAGAAGUCUAGGAACCAAUCCAUCAGAUGCACAAAUCAAAGAAAUGGAAAAGAAAAUAGGAACUCCACAAUUUGACCUAGCCACAUUCAAGAUAAUCUACAAAGGAUUCAAACCCUUAUCAGCAGGUGAUAGUGUAAAGGAUUACACUGCACAGCUCAAGGCUCUUGCAAAGGAUGGCAUUAUUAGUGAGUCUGACAUUUAUAAAGUAAUGGGAACCAACUCAGAUAUUGAUUUAUAA